UCUUCACACUGGGCAACUUUGUGGCUUCUCAGUCACAAUCUUCUGUUUUCUAACAGAGUAGAUUGCAGCCAAAAAAGACUAGCCUUCAAUGAACGAAGAAGGAUAAAACACAUUCAAGGUGAGAAAAAUGCCAUCAACACCACAAUCAUCAACUUCAACAAUGAGAAGAUGCAGAUCACAUGGGCAGCAAGAGAGUUUUUCCAUAAUGAGAAUGUGUCAUUUUUUUACACAUUUAGUGAAGGCAAGCACAAAGUUUGGAAGCCAUGUACCACCUAUUUAUUGGAUCAAGAUUAUAAUUCUGGAUGUCUUUUUAAGACAGAAGGACCUACCCUUGCCAUUUCUAUCAGGAACAGCAAUGGAAGUGAAGAGCUUUUUUUUAAAAAAUUAAAAGCUGAUUUUUACAUAAAGCCCAGUCCACCAGAAAAUGUGACCUUCUUCUGGGAAGAGGACACUGUUACUGUAAGCUGUAAUAAACCAGAGAGAAAUGCAUGGUGCUUGAGACUUGAGCUUCAGUACAAAAGCAAGUUUGACAAAGAGUGGCAAUCCAGAACUUCUAAGUGCUGCAGUGUUGGAGAGCAAGGCUUUGAUCCAAGGAAGUGCUACUCUUUCCGGGUCAGACUGAGGAGGCUAGUACCAUACUGCAAUGUAGUCAAAUACAGCAGUGACUGGGAAGCUGAAACAUUUUGGAUGAAUGGCACGUUAUUAGAUUCGUGUGAUGAUGAUUUAACUCCUCAGUCAAAAAGAGUAAUUGUUUUAAGUUGUUCGCUGGCAGUACUCUUAAUGAUGCUUAUCCUCCUGAUUCUUCUGUGUAAAUGGCAAAGGGUUCAGAUGUCAGUCCUGCCAGCUAUACCAGACCCAAAAUAUCCAUUUGCUGAUCUCUUCAAUGAUCAUAAUGGAAACUUACAGGAAUGGCUAGACAAAAAUGAUCAUGUGGUGUUGCAAACCAAGCUAGAAUAUGAAGAACCAGAGUCCAUCACUGAGGCAGAAAGCCAGCAAGAAGAUGAGAAGAACAGUGACAAACAGGGACCUUUGGAAAAAAUCUUCCCUUUUUCAGGAGCAGCUGAAAAAAAUGAUGGCAAAGCAGCUGAGAUUGCCUGCCUGAUACCGGCAUCCAACACUGCAGCUCCUAUUGCUGGCUUCCAUAUUUUAAUGAAUGAUGACAUGUACGUGAUGGUAUAAAAUCUGCAUAAUGCAGAAGGUGUUAGGAAAUUCCAUAAAAGUCCUGGUGAGUUUGGGAGAGUGACUGAGUAGAAAAAGUCAUCAUGAUAAGAUUCACAUCAAGAAAGACAUUUGGCUGUGUUUUCAGAUCUGUACUUUCCCAACAGGAUCUCUUGGGCAGACUCAAGUGUCUGAAAAAAACUGAUAAUUUAUAAUUAGGAUUUGUUCUUCUGAUUGGGGUUUAUCCCUAAACCCCAUUUUCCUGCUAUGGACAGGAGAGCACAGGAGCUCUUCCAUAAUAUAUGUCAGCAGAACUGAGAUUAAGUCCUUCUGCUUACGGAGUGUGGAGAGCAGGGCAAACUACACCAUAGUUCUUCCCAAAAUGAAGAGAGAAAAUAAAGAGAUUUUGCUGUCUCACGUAAAGAGACUUUUGUUGCAUAACUUUGCAUUUCAUGGCACGCCUAAAAGGUUUUGUGGAGAAGGAGUAAGGCCCACAUCAAAGAAGAGAAGAGAGAGGAUGUACAGUAUUAAAUCACAUUUUAGCCUGCAGGUACUGAUGUUUAGGCAGCUUCCUCCAGAAAGGAGGGCUUCAAGUCUUUCCUUCGUAUCUUACAGUCCUCUGUAUCUUACAGUCUUUGAAUAGUCAGCAUCUUGCAGCCUUUAUUUUAGAAAGCUGGAGGUCAUUUUGAACAGUAUUAAUGUUUUAACUGAGUUGCAUUUAUUUCAAACUGGGGUUUAGUGCAAUGAGCAGCUGUAGACACAAAUUAGGACUUCUUGUUCAUAUUGCAUAUACUAGUGUAUUGUUUUUCUUUAGAAAUUGGGCUUUUUUGGUUUUUUUUAACAAGUUUAAAAGAUACUUUUAGAACAAUAUUCUAAAGUUUUCUAAACAUACUGUCUUUUAAAAUACAUUUAAUUUCAAAUUUAAAAUGCAAUAUACUAAGCAAUCAGACUUGAGAAAAAAAAAUAAAUCUUGACUAUUCUGAGUUUCUCCAUAUCACUUAUGUUACAUGCUAUUUGAAAGCAAAUUUUUUUAAAAAAAUUAAGUGUUUAAAGUGUCUAUUAUCUGGGUAAGCAGAUAUAGUGUGAUUAUAUGCUGAAUUAGCUACAGUUAUUCGCCUGCAUAUCAGUCAGUCACUAAAUGAGUUUAUAUCAGUUGUCUGAUAAACCCUUGCCAAUCUCAUGCUUUCAUUAUUCAAACACUAUAAUUUACUGUGCAAAUAGGAAAUUGCAUGUAUCAGAAAAUUAUUGUGAUAAGUGUUUCAAUUCAGUGCUUUAAAAGCUUCAUUUCCAGAUCUUUUCAAGAAUAGUAAAUAAUAAUAUGAAUUGUUAAGUGUAAAAAUCUUUGUCUAGGUGUUCCAGUUUGUUUUACAAGGAAAAAUACAGAAAUUUUCUGGCCAGUAAGUGGAACUUAAUUAAAAAAAAAACUUAAUUGAAAGGACAGUUCAACCACAUUUCCCAAGCUUUUUUUUUUUUGACAUUUCCACAGAUUUGACUGUUCACUAACAUGCUAGCAAAGGAUUUCCCAUAAUCCUGAAAACAAUUCUGACUUGUGUGCAAGUUUGGGAGGGGGUCUUUGUACAUAGCACACUUCUGGAAUUUUUUCUGAAAGGUAACCGUGGAAAGUUUCAAUAGCAAUGUAAGAAAGCAUUGAAUUUUAAGAUAAUUUAAGCUCUGUCAAAUUUUAUGAGCAGAAACUAUCUCAGCUUAGGUCUUCUUACAUGAUAUAAAUUGGCAUUAUUGCAUAAGAACCAAAGAAAUUAUAGUGAAUUACAAUAGACAAGAACCUGCUUCAAUAAGGAUUUUAUGAAUAAAGAGGGAAGCACAGAAUGCACUGCUUAGCUGCUUGCUCUUCAACUCACAUCAUAUGGUUGCCUGCAAAGCUAGCUAUUAUAAUUAAAU